UAAAGAGUUAACGUGCAAAACGAGGUACGUUUGGUCACGUGACUAGUUUGCAGGGAUAAAUAACUGAAGCUCGCCCAUCGUGGUCAUUUGAUCUUGUGCGUGUGUUGAUGUUACGUCUUGUCAAAAAUCGUCUAGAAUGAAGACUGCUUAUUUCAUGGUGGUACUGCUCGCCUUCACCUUCGUCCCCGAGCAUGCGGAUGGCUGGUUAACGAUCCCGACCGUGAAGGGUUGGUGGUAUACAUCAAAGAGGAGACUCGACGUGCCGAAUGAUGCAGUAGAUCCAGUAGAGGAUUCCGAAUUGCCAACAGUUCUGCAUGAUCUGGAUGUGAACGGAGAUGGGUUUUUUGAACUGUACGAGAUCGCUCACGUGACCGGCCUGAAAGUAACCAACCCAGUUCUACUCGCCAGAUUCCACAAGGCAGAUACAAAUGGUGAUGGCAAAUUGGACCUCGAUGAAUUACAACAAUUCUGAUUUUGACUACAAAGAGAAAUUUCUGGAAGCCAUGAAGUAUGAUGCAGAUUCUUCAAGACCCGAUGACGUCAUCACCUCGCACCGUCACGUAUCGAAUGUGAUGGUGAAGAGAUCUUUUCUUCAUAAUACAAAAUAAUACAAAUAAAAA